UGCACUGUACGUUUCGCGCUUUCUGAACUCCCGACGUUUUGCAACAUUGCAUCAACAUAACACAAUCCAUCCUUGAUAUGGAAUGCAGAGGGCGGUUUGACAGCCCAGCGCAACCCCCUCCGCUAGGAUUGAUUUACGCCUGCCCUGACGCUUUAUCAGCCUCACGAAAAAAGUUUGACCAAUCAUUUUGCUGGAAGCUCCCAACCCGGCAGUCCCGACUGUACUUUUUCUUGGCUAGGAAGUUGAUGCUGGAGGAGAAAAGGGGGUUAAAGGCAGAGUGUCGCCUGUGGUUUCUUUCUUUUUCUUUUCCCCCCUUCUUCUUCUUCUUUUUUUUACAGCUUCCCCUCUAUAUACCCUAAUACCUCUAGAGCCUGCUUAACUACAGAUCUACUCCUCUCUCUUUUUUUUUUAUUAUUGCUUGCUUGUUUUGCUUGCUUUUUCCCCUUCACUGAACCGUGGGGCUCGUAUGAUGUCCAAGAAUGUCCAUUUCUGGAACUCUUAGCAAUUAUUAUGUCGACUCCAUUAUAAGUCAUGACAGCGAAGACUCUCCCGCCGCCAAAUUCUCUUCCGGGCAGUAUUCAAACUCCAGACAAACUAGCCACAGUGAACACCUCGAGUUCCCCUCCUGUAGUUUCCAGCCCAAAUCAUCCGUUUUCAGCGCUUCCUGGACGCCACUGACGCCACACACGGCUGCUACCCUUCCUUCGGUCUACCAUCCUUACAUCCAGCAUCAAAACAUCCCUACCUCCGAGAGCAGGUAUCUACGGAGCUGGCUGGACCCCGUGCCCCGAGCAGAGAGCAUAGCAGCCGGGCAGGGACCAGUUAAAACAGAGCCGCUGCUGGGACACCCCGGGGAGAUCCGUAAACAGGGGACACAGGAGUACCAUUUAGAAACUUCUGCUGGAAGGGAAGGGAUCGCUUCCAAUCAAAGGCCCAGCUUCGAGGACAAUAAAGUUUGCGAAGGAAGCGAGGACAAAAGCAGGCCAGAUCAAACCCCGGGACUGAAGAUAGAUAAAAAUCUUACCCAAGAACCCUGCUCGAUUCCAGAGGCCCAGGCUGCCCAAGGGCGUCCUGUGCAAUCUAGCUUAGAAGGUAACCCUGCGGCCAACUGGUUGCACGCUCGCUCUUCCCGGAAGAAACGAUGCCCCUACACGAAGUACCAGACCUUGGAACUGGAGAAGGAGUUUCUGUUCAAUAUGUACCUCACCAGGGACCGUAGACACGAAGUGGCCAGGCUCCUCAACCUGAGCGAGAGACAAGUCAAAAUCUGGUUUCAGAACCGAAGGAUGAAGAUGAAGAAAAUGAACAAGGAGCAAGGGAAAGAAUGAUGCUUUCCUUCUCCCUUUCCACACCCCUCCCUCUUCUCACCCCAAAUGUUGGCCCCGUCUCGAAACUUAUAUGCUGUAUAUUUAUGGGCACCGACUUCCCAGCAGUGCUUCAGAUAGCAAGGAAACCACGCCAAACCCGAACAGACCACCGUGGUUUGCAUGCAAAGGGUGCCCAUAAUAGGAAUGCACCUGUUUUCAUUCCGUUGAGUCUUUCUCACUGUUAAAGAUUAUUGACGAGGUAACGCCAAUUUGGGGCACAUUGUUUGUUUGUUUGUUUGUUUGUUUGUUUGUUUGUUUUCCCUUUGGGUGCAUGUGUUCCUUCUACCGAGUUAACUGAGAGGGUCCCAUCUAUGCACAUAAGUCGUUAUUUUGGAUAGUCCUUAUAGAUCCCCUCAACUGGUCCCUCCAGUCUACAUCGGACAAGUGCUCUGUUCCAAACACAAGGUACCUUCCAACCUGGGGUUCCUCUGGGCAAAUUGUUUAGAAAUGAACGGUGGAGUUCCACGGCAACAGUGGAGAGUCCUAGGACCGGGGGAAUUGUGCCUCAACACCUUCCCCCAUCUUAUAUUCCUUUUCCUAUGGAGGGGAUAUGGCCACAUCGCUCUCCACGGAGCAAAAAGCGAGCCCUUAUCAAGUGAAAGGAACCAGUUAAACUCAUCAACUUUUCGAGGACUUCUUCACCUCCAUUUAUUGAGGGUCAGAAGAAGUCCCAUUGCGCAGGGAAUCCGCACCCCACCCUUCCUUCACAUAUAUUCAAAUGGGGCAGGAGAUAGGUUUAUUACUGAGACAUGGAUGCCAUUUUCACAAAUGAAGCCCACCGCCUAAUCAAGAGUGCAAGGGAACCAUCCCAAGGCCAAACAGGGCGCAGGGCUGCUUUUGCGAGGCCUCCCCUUCCUUGCAAUGGGCUUGCGCAGGAGAACUUCCCCACAGCCACCACGAAGUUUGGUUUAAACUUUUAAAGAGACAAGCCAUGUUGAGUUUGGGGAAGGGGCGCACCCUAGCUUUGCAAAAGUGAAGGAAGAGAAGGCUGUUCCCACCAGUGCUCGAUUCUUUAUCUUUUGCAGUGAAAAUGAAUUUCCGUGAAACCGUUCAAGGGCCAAGUGUGGGGUGGGGGGUUCCUGGGUCUUCCUUUUGCCCCACUCGCCCAUCCACCCUCUCUUUCUCCUUCACCCAGACUUCUGCUGAGAAGUUUUAAUACUUGAAUGUUUCAAGGGAUGUUUUCCCUUAUACCCCAUUGCUCCUGGAAGACAUGUAUAAAUCCAUCAUCCAUGUUCAACAUGAAAAAGAACUUUUGAGUGGCAUCAAAAGGUCGCUAUGGCAUUUGGGGUGGGAACUGCCCCACAGAUAGACAUCCUCACUGUUUACAAAAAGGGGACGAAGAAAGAAUUCCCAUUUCAUACUCGGAAAAGGGGGGGGGGGUGAUCAUAUCUGCAAUCUCUGCUGGGGUCCUACCCCACUCCCUUUGAAAUCGCCCCUCAUGGGGUUCUGUUUCCCCAUGUGUUUAAAAUAGUUUUAUCCCCACCCGACUCCUGUCCAUCUUUGAUAGGACUUGGGAAGGGGAAGUAGAUAGGUGAGUAACUUUAGUACAAGGUGGUUUUACAGCGCGUACGCAUUUUCGUUCUUUUGUUUGUUUUCAUAGAGGGGGGGAUGUGUUCGUGGUUGUGCUUUUGUGAACGUUCCGCUUGUUUUCUGUGGCUUUUAGGAAUAUAAAAAUGGGGUCUGUACCUGUUAGUUCCAGAGCUGGCGAAAAAUAUACAUAUAGAAACACGCCCCCCUUCAAGCCUUCGUAGAACCCCCACCCACCCUCUUCUGAUUUACCACUUCUAGAAAGGACACCAUUAUUUGGUGGAAAAGUUUUCCUAGAAAAACAAAGAGGAUGGGAAAUUGAGUGGGGAGAGAGAGAAGAAAUUAAUGUCUGUCUUUCGGAAUCUUUCGAUACAAAACAGUCCCAGCAGAGAAAUCUAAUUUCAUAGAAUAUUAUAUAGGACUUUUAUACCAUUUUUGCCUGCUGAUAGGCGGUUGUGCUUUAGAGAUUUGAUAGGCAUAUUUUGAUCUUUCGACAUAGCGUGGCCUGGUUUGUAGGCUUUUCCUGAGGCGGGAAGGAAAGAAUCCUUUUAGGGUUUUUAGUUCAGCGUCAAAGAAAAUAAAAUCUGCAGUUUUAAAAAUAAGAGGGAUUUUUUUUGGGGGGGGGGGAGUUUCCUAUCACUUUCUCUUAGAAUCCUCCCGCCCUAUAUAAGUUAUUGGAGGGUAGGGAGCUUUCAGGAGUGAUCUUCGACGAGGCAAACUAUAAGCGAAUUCCUUUUUAUAAAGGUUAAACUUUAGAGGGUCCCAGUGGCUUAAAUUAGUCAAACUUCACUUUGUCUUAUAAAACCAGUUCCCUAAUGGAAUUUCCAAGGAAGCGUCCUGAUUCCGCCCCCCUCCUACUAAGUAUAAAAUCGGAGGUGUUGUUUUGUUUUGUUUUAGAUAGUAUUCUCAUCAUUGGAGUGUAUUUUGAGCCAGCUGGGGUUGGGUAGAAUUCUGCGGUUUUGUCUGUUUCGGUUUUUUAACUCGCUGGUGCACUAAGUGAAUCUGAAACCCGACAGGACGCAGAGAGCAUCUUUCAAAAUCGCCCUGAACCCCCUUUCAACGCUAACAUUCACAUUUUGUAAAGAAAGCCUUCUCUAUUAGCAUAUUCACUCAUUUUAGCCAUAGGCUCAUUUCUAGACCUUAUUAGUGAAGAAAAGAGAAGUUUUUUAAAACCGCAUUUUUGCUAAAGCAUGGAUUAAUAAACAGAAGUAAAUUUAAAAAAAUAAAAUAAAACUAGUGGAUUUCGUUAGAGGAAACUGUUCUUAAGAGUGAGAGAAAAUGUUUGGAAAAACCUUCUGUUGUUUCUUCUGUUCCAUCGGUUCAAAAUGUAUUUUCCACGGCUGUUUAAUGCCUCAAAAUAAAAACCGAUUUUAGGGAAGGGAGACCCCCCUACCUGUAUCUAAUUGUGUUAUACUGCUUCUUCUAGAACUUCAGAAUAUUUGCAACUGUGUUUGUUUGUUUGUUUUCUUUACUGUCUAUUAAGGGUGUGUUAUAAAGAUAGCUUUGUAUUGUUUUGUUUUCGUUUGGUCAGUGGCUCCCCUUUUUUUACGUCACUAAGAAAAGCUGAUAAUGAUUCAAUUUCGGCGCCUUUUUGUUUUCUUCCCGUGUGAAAUCGGUUGCAUCUAUAAACCCAUUCAGCAAAACAGAAAUAAAGCGGUUCUCCGACUUUC